CACGUGCACGGGGAAGGCUGGGGUGGAUGGGGGACUGGACAGACGCCCAGGGGGGUUCCUAACCCUGAGUGAGGGCUGAGCCCUUCAGAGCAGGACAAGGUCCUGCCCUUGGGGCUGGGGACAGGGGGAGUUGGGGCUCUCUGUGCUGGCUUUUGGGCCUGUCCCUGCUUUGCCAAGAGACCCCCUGGGACCUGCUGCAGUGGGUUUGGACUUGGUGCAGUGAUGCCCAGAACCCACUGAGCAGGGGGUAGGGUUGAAGUCUGGGGUUUGUCAGUUCUGGUAGCUGUGACAUUACAGAGAACAGGUGAUAGUGGGAGCCAUCCCCAGGGACAAUACCAGGAAACCACCCUGCAACCCCCACUUGGACUUGGGCAAUUGGCCAUGGCUGCAGCAACCACGUUCUUUGUGGCUCUGCUGACCAUCCUGCUCAAGCAGACACAAGACCUACGGACCAAUAUGAUCACAAUCCAGCAGAUGCAGCAGCGUAAGAAGUUUCUGCAGCAGGAGAUGAUGCAGCUGCUGCAGGAGAUUGGGUGGAUCAGGUCUCCACAAGAAGCCCCACUCCUCUCUGGGUUGCAGCUCUGUCUCUUCUGGGCUGCUGCAGUAGCCAUGCUCGUGGAGGUCUGCUGGCUGGCCUGGCAAAUGAAGUUUAGAACUUGUACCUGCUAUGAGCAGGACACCUCUGGCAGCGAGGAGGAAGAUGAUGAAGAGGAGAAAACCCGCAAGGGACAACGCCACAGUGUGAGGUUGUUUUCUGUCCCCAACGUAAUGUCAAUGCAGGGACUGUCUGACAUGUGCAGGGAUGUGAAGAAAAUGGUGCAUGACAUCCUCCGUGUCUGCCGAGUGCUUUCCAAGGACACUUUCAUGCCGGAGAUGCACCUGGCAACCGGGAAGAACGGCAUCCAUGAAUCCUGGAGUAUCUUCGAGGACCGAAUCUUGUACCAGCUGCUCGUGUUCCUGCAGCCACCCUCCAGGCACUCUUUCAAGCUGGAGCUCUACAGUGGGAUACAUCUGCCAGAGAGGUGCUCCAACAUCCGUGUGGUGCUGGAGUGCACCUGCUUGAGGAAAAUGGAGAAUGUUCCGUGUUUUGUCCACCCCUCCAAGACCAAUGAGACAGGCCAGCACUCACCCCUGCUGCAGAACCUCUGCACAGGCUCCUACUUAGACGUGGAGGAAAUCGCCUGCUGGGUGCAGAACUCGGUGCAAACAGCCUGGGAGCAUCUGCCCCAGUGGCAGGACUGGCAGCUCACGGUGCUGCCCAGCUCCCACUCCUGCCGGCUGCUGCUGAGCGGCCCCUCCGACAUGCAGCUCUGUGCUGUGCUGGUGUUUGCCGUGGAGCAGGGCAGCCCAGGCACCUUCCUGAUCCUUCAGUGAGAGU